AGCGUGACUGAGCUCGUGGAGAAGGGAAACCGAGCGGGCGCUUCCAAGCUCCUCCUGGAUCUGGUGAUGGAGAAGGGCUCCGGGGCCCGGAGGGUGAUGUGGGACUCCUUUGUGAAACUGCACUACCAUUUACCGAAACUGAGCAGAAUACUGAAUGAAAUACGGGAACGUGGUGACGGCCAGUUCGACUACAUGGACGCUGAGCCGGGUUUUUCUGAAAUGCCAAGAGAUCUAAAAGACGUUCGACGGAAACACAUGGAGACUCUGCGGAAACAAACUGAAACAUUGAGAGCGAGCACGAUCCUGAUGAGGGAGAAGGUGAAGGUUUUCCAGCUGCUUGAUCGAUACGCUGAGCUCACGGUUAUUUCUACUGUUCAAGAUUGGGCACUUGUGGAACAUGAGCUGCUGGCAAGAGGCAGAGACCACGAGGAGUGGAGAGAGAAACAUAUCCAAGGAGAGGUGGACAAAAUCCGGACGGAUGAGUUUUUCCAGAUGUGCUUUGUUAAAAAACUGAGAAGAUCUUUCUUUGGAAUGAAAUCCGGGAAGUUCGCAGCAGUGGCCGGAGUCGCGGGGAUCGGGAAAACGACAAUGGUACAAAAGAUUGUUUACGACUGGGCCACGGGAAAAAUAUACCAACAGUUCCAGUUUGUCUUCAGUUUCAAAUUCAGAGAUUUAAACAACUUUAACUGCGGAAUAAACCUCAGGGAACUGAUACUGCAUCAGUAUCCUUACUUUGUGAAUUGCCUGAGAGAGGUCUGGAAACACCCAGAGGUGUUGCUGUUUAUAUUUGAUGGUCUGGAUGAAUUCGAGGACAGAUUCAAUUUUGCUGAGGGUCGGAGAUACACAGAAUCUCAGUACACAGAUCCUGAAUUCCGGUGCAAAGUGUCUGAUAUUGUGUACAGUUUAAUCCAGGGUCAGCUGCUCCCAGGGUGUUCAGUGCUGGUGACCACACGCCCUACUGCAUUACAUUUCUUGGAAAAGGCAGAGAUUUGUACCUGGACUGAAAUCCUGGGAUUUGUUGGUGAGGAAUGGAAGGAAUUUUUCAUCAGAUAUUUUGAAGACGAGACGGUGACGGCAGCUGUUUUCAAACACCUGGAGGAAAACGAGAUCCUGCACACCAUGAGCUACAACCCCUCCUACUGCCGAGUCCUCGCUAUGGCACUGGGCCCCUUCUUCACACAAAGAGUCAUGGACCCUCAGCGAGUUCCCAAGACCAUCACCCAAGUGUACUCCUACUACUUUUACAAAAUCCUGAAAAACCACGGCCAAGAGAUCGAGAACCCCCGUGAUGUGUUACUCAGGGUUGGUCAGAUGGCCUUCAGAGGAGUGUCCGAGAAGAAGAUUGUGUUUACUGAUGCUGAUUUGAUCAACUACAAUCUGCAGCCUUCCCAGUUCCUGUCAGGAUUCCUGAUGGAGCUUUUGGAGAGAGAGGAUUCUGCCCUUUGUGUGGUAUACAAAUUCCCACACCUCACCAUUCAAGAGUUUGUAGCUGCAGUCGCAAUAUUUAUGAAUCCACAUCCCGGGGAUAUCCUGAAAUCCCUCACUGAAGCCUGCAAUACAACAGAUGGGCGAUUUGAGUUAUUUCUCC